CUAUUUCAAUCAGUUCAUUUUCAGUCUGCAAACGAAAUUGAUUAAACUUUUUCUCUCAAUAUAAAAGUUUAUUUAAAAAAAAAUGGGAAUGAAAAAUGUGCUUUUAUCAACUAUUCUUUUAGGUUUUGCUAUUUAUCAAGCUUCAUGUACAAGAUGUUACUCAUGUUAUCAUCAUGAUGAUUCUUCAAUUAUUGCUGAGGAUAAUAAUCCCGCAUGUGCAGCACCAAUAGAUACCACGAAGAUCCAGGCACUCGAGUGCGGACGUUAUACCAUUUGUGCAAAAGCCUCUGGAAGCUUAAACGGAAAACUAUUUACUACAAGAGGGUGCUCCGUUGUAAAGAAUGUAAACAAUACAGCUGAACUUUGCAUAAAUAUUUCAAAUGUACCCGGAAUGAAAUUACAACACUGUUCGAUUUGUGAUACAAAUUUAUGCAAUGGUGAUAUAGGUGAUGAAAUGCUUACUACUACUGAUAUUACUACUACAACUACAGCUACUAUUACUACACCUACAACUACAACUAUAGCUACUGCUUCCCCUCCUCCGCCCAAUAGCAGCAACAAAUUUUUUGGAACUAUCUUUGCGUAUAUUUCAGCCUUAAUAAUUUUUAUUUCCAUCAAUUGAUUAAAAAUUAUUUUUUAAUUAAAGUGAAUGCUUCUCUUCUAAUUAAUUUUAAACUUGCUAUAUAAAGUUUUUUGGAAAAGAAUUGCCAGGCUUUGCAAGAUCUUUAAUGCUUUACUUAUUCAAUUAUGUACAGACAUUCGUAUUUAAAACUGUAAAAAUAUAUUAAAUAAAUAAUUUAUUGUGAGAAUUUUACGAACUUUAGUUCAAUGUUAAUUGAAUUUGUGUACAGAGAAUCGUACAUCGAACUGGAGACCUCUCGUUAACUAGACGAGUGAGACGAGUGCUCUACCAACAGAGUUAUUAGAGGUCACAUGCUCUGCUUGACUUGCUACACGACCUUAACCAAUUGCAUUAUGCACUGCAAUCGCUUACUCUCGGGGUAGUUCGAUUCUGGAUGAAGGAAGGAAUUCUUCCUAUCUUCACUGGGAAAAAAACUGAAUGAUUUGAGUGUCACUUGCUCUGAUUGACGAUUCUCUGUACAUAAAUAAUUUAUUAUCAAAUGUUAUUACAAGAUUUAUAAUAGAAACCUAAAGAAAAUAUCGAUCACUCUGAAUACGAAACGAAUAACUCCCAGUGGGCAAAUUUUACAGGAGAGUGAUUUGAAUCUGAGACUGAGAUUUAACACGCAGAGUACAGGAUUUUUCAGAUUUAAAAUCUCUAUAACUUUGAAAAGAAUUAUCUUUCUAGUACAAUAUCCACAGGAAAGGUAGAGGGAAUAAAGAAGUAUCCAAAAAGCGAAUAAAAUGGAUUUUGUAAAAAAUCAAGUUUUUCGACUUAUAUUCUGAGUCGUCAAUAUAAUAAAUGAUUGCAUAAGUUCAUAUACA